GAACAGCUACAAACCCGACUUCCGAUCUAUUGCUGAAGAUAAAGCCGGUACGCAGAGUUCCGAACCAGUACAUCAUGCUACUCACCAACAUUUCCGGACAGGUUAUCAACUGAGAGAUCCACCACUGUCCCUAAGGUAGAGCUGGGCCCUGUUCCUGGACAGGUGUUUUUGGAAGUAAAGAUGGAGGCCGGAGGGGAGUGCUUUCCCAAACAAAGGCAAGUCCUGAUUCUCUUUCUCGUGUUGGGAGUGGCUCUGGCAGGCUGGGAAUCUCGUCGCUAUUCCGUGAUGGAGGAAACCGAGAGUGGUUCCUCUGUGGCCAAUCUGGCCAAGGACUUGGGACUGGGAGUGGGGGAGCUAGCAGCGCGGGGAGCCCGGGUAGUCUCCGAGGAUAACAAACCCCACUUGCAGCUUGAUCUGCAGACCGGGGAGUUGAUAUUAAACGAGAAACUGGAUCGGGAGGAGAUGUGUGGCCCCACAGAUCCAUGUGUAAUGCAUUUCCAAGUGUUGCUGAAAAAACCACUGGGAGUAUUUCGAGCUGAGCUACUGGUGAGAGACAUAAAUGAUCAUUCUCCAGAGUUUCCUGAAAGAGAAAUGACUCUGAAAAUCCUGGAGGCUAGCCCUCUGGGGACCAUGUUUCCUCUGAAAAAAGCCCAGGAUUUGGACGUGGGCACCAACAACAUCCAAAGUUAUAGUAUCAGUCCGAACUCUCAUUUCCAUGUUUCUACCCGUACCCGGGGGGAUGGUAGGAAAUACCCAGAACUGGUACUUGACAAAGAGCUGGAUCGUGAGGAGCAGGCUGAGCUCCGAUUAACCCUCACAGCACUGGAUGGCGGCUCUCCACCCCGGUCUGGCACUGCUCAGGUUCACAUCUUGGUAUUGGACGUCAAUGACAAUGCCCCUGAGUUUGCAAAGAUACUCUACCAGGUGCAGGUUCCAGAGAACAGCCCUGUAGGCAUGCUAGUUGUCAAGGUCUCUGCUAGAGAUUUAGACACUGGAACAAAUGGGGAAGUAUCAUACUCCUAUUUUUAUAGUUCCCAAGUGAUUAGCACAACUUUUGAGCUAAACAGCCUUUCAGGAGAAGUUCGACUAAUUAAAAAAUUGGAUUUUGAGACAAUAUCUUCGUAUGAGCUGGAAAUAGAGGCGUCUGAUGGUGGGGGGCUUUCGGGAAGGUGCUCUGUCUCCAUUGAGGUGGUGGAUGUUAACGAUAACUUCCCAGAAAUAACUAUUUCAUCACUCACCAGCCCCAUUCCUGAAAAUUCUCCUGAGACAGAGGUGGCCCUGUUUAGAAUUCGAGACCGAGACACAGGGGACAACGGAAGGAUGACUUGCUCCAUCCAGGAUGAUCUCCCCUUCGUCUUGAAACCAUCAGAAGGGAAUUUCUAUACCCUGGUAACAGAUGGGGCCCUAGACAGGGAGAGCCAGGCUGCGUACAACAUCACCAUCACCGUCACCGACCUGGGGACCCCCAGGCUGAAAACCCAGCACAACCUCACGGUGACCGUGUCCGACGUCAACGACAACGCCCCGGCCUUCAGCCAGACGACCUACACCCUGCGCGUCCGCGAGAACAACAGCCCCGCCCUGCACAUCGGCAGCGUGAGCGCCACCGACAGAGACUCGGGCGCCAACGCCCAGGUCACCUACUCGCUGCUGCCGCCCCACGACCCGCAGCUGCCGCUGGGCUCGCUGGUGUCCAUCAACGCGGACAACGGGCAGCUGUUCGCGCUCAGGUCGCUGGAUUUCGAGGCGCUGCAGGCGUUCGAGUUCCGCGUGGGCGCGGCCGACCGCGGCUCGCCGGCGCUCAGCAGCCAGGCGCUGGUGCGCGUGCUGGUGGCGGACGCCAACGACAACGCGCCGUUCGUGCUGUACCCGCUGCAGAACGGCUCGGCGCCCUGCACCGAGCUGGUGCCGCGGGCGGCCGAGGCGGGCUACCUGGUGGCCAAGGUGGUGGCGGUGGACGGCGACUCGGGCCAGAACGCCUGGCUGUCGUACCAGCUGCUCAAGGCCACGGAGCCCGGGCUGUUCGGCGUGUGGGCGCACAACGGCGAGGUGCGCACGGCGCGGCCGCUGAGCGAGCGCGACGCGGUCAAGCACAGGCUGCUGGUGCUGGUCCGGGACCACGGCGAGCCGCCGCUGUCGGCCAGCGUCACGCUGCACGUGCUGCUGGUGGACGGCUUCUCGCAGCCCUACCUGCCGCUGCCGGACGCGGCGGCGGCCGAGGCCCGCGCCGACCCGCUCACCGUCUACCUGGUGGUGGCCUUGGCGUCCGUGUCGUCGCUCUUCCUGUUCUCGGUGCUGGUGUUCGUGGCGGUGCGGCUGUGCAGGAGGAGGCGGGCGGCGUCGGGGGGCGGCUGCUCGGUGCCCGAGGGUCCGUUUCCGGGCCACCUGGUGGACGUCAGCGGCGCGGGGACCCUGUCCCACAGCUACCAGUAUGACGUGUGUCUGACGGAAGGAUCUGGGAGCAAUGAGUUCAAAUUCUUGAAGCCUAUCUUCCCCAAUAUUCUGAACCAAGACCUUAGGAGUGUAGCACUUUUUUAAACUUCAUUUAUUUUGAAGCUCUGUGAUGUACACAUAGUCAGCUAGUGAGAACUCAUACUGUGGUAUACACCUGUGAAGAAUGGAAAAUCCUUUGGCUUAUAUCUUCAUGCUUUCAAAGAUGGGAGAAGUCAAGUUGGAGAGAAAGCCAAUGAAUGUAAUCAAUGUGGGAAAGCCUUCAGGUGCAUCUAAUCUUUUAUUAUGCUUGAGGAAAUUCACACUGGAGGAGAAAUCUUUAAAAUAUUGUAAAUACGGAAUUGCUUUAUCAGUGUCUUGUCUUUGAAGUGACUCCUAACUCAUAAUUUCUGCUUUGUGUUUUCUAAUAUAAGCCUUUAUAAUAUAAAUGUUGCUCCUGAUGUCCUUGUAGCUAUAUCAUACAACUUCUGAUAUCUUAUUUUCAUUAUGGUUCAUUAAUAUGUAUUGUAUAAUUUCCAUUGUGAAGUCUCCUUAGACUUAAAUAAAGUGUUUUUAGUA